UACAAAAGCCGCGCGCUGCCACCUCCACACAUUCCUCUCCGCCCCCCUCCUCCCUUUUCCACCACCUCGCAGGGAGCCGAAGCAAUCCAAUCGGAGCAAGCAGGCAGCUCAUCCAACUCUCAGGCAGCCAUGGACGCCGCCGAGGCGAGGAGGAGCAGCAGCGCGUCCUCCUCCCCGGAGUUCGAGUUCUGGCCGCUCCACCCCAACCCCGCCGCCUCGCCCUCCUGCGCCGACGAGCUCUUUGCCGGCGGGGUACUCCUCCCGCUCCCCGUCCUCACACCGAAACCCGCAUCAAGUAACAUUGGCAGCGGCAUCAGCCAAUGCGUGCCCGUCGCGGAGCCGGAGCCGGAGCCAGGAGAGGCGUUCCUUCUCGCGACCGUCUCGCCGCCUCCGGCCUCGAUCACUUCCACAGCUCUGCCCACCGCCACCGGAGGAGGAGGAGGAGGGUCCAAGCGCUGGACCGACAUCUUUUCCAAGAAGCCGGCGCCGGGAGCCGAGGAGAAGGACCGGGACAAGGAGAGGGAGAAGCGCAAGGACGGCGCCGGGAACCGGAAACAGGGCGGGCACUCCCACUCCAACGGCGCGGGCUCCGAGCUGAACAUCAACAUCUGGCCCUUCUCGCGGAGCCGCUCGGCCGGCGGCGGGUCCGGGUCCGGGUCCGGCACGUCCAAGCCGCGGCCGCCCGCUCGGAAGGUCAGCAGCGCGCCGUGCUCGCGCAGCAACUCCCGCGGCGAGGCCGGCGCGCCCCCGCUCCGGCGGUGGGUGGCGAGCCCGGGCCGCUCCGGCGGCGGUGGCGUGGCGGUGGGCCGAUCCAGCCCGGUCUGGCAGAUCCGGCGACCGGCUGCCAAGCCUGCACCCGUCCCCACCUCCGCCCCUUCAGCCUCAGAGCCGUUCACCGACAGGCGGGCGCCGCCGCCGCGGCACAAGGAGAAACCGGCCAGCGCUGCUCGGAAGCCUGGCCUUGGCAGCGGCGUCCGCGGCUUGAACUUGAGCGUGAACUCCUGCAUCGGAUACCGGCACCAGGUCAGCUGCCGGCGCGCGGACGUCGGCGCCGCCCGCGGCGGCGGCGGGCUGUUCGGCAUCAAGGGGCUCUUCUCCAAGAAGGUGCAUUGAUGAUCAGCCAGUUCUGUGUUUUACUAGUACUUUUUGUAGACUUUCUGAGUUAUAUAAAUUGUAUGAGAUGUGUGUUAAUUACAUGUAAAAAAAUGCAUGGUUAGCCAGUAACCGGUUUUUGUAAAAAAGUUUAGCAACGCUAACCAGCACUGCUUAUGCUCGUGAGCAAUGGCCAUUGUGCAAACUGCCUUCAAAAGAUGAGAUGGAUGGAGAUCAGAUCAUUGGUGCAGAUUCUACCUGAACAAAUAUUUCUCA